UAUUAAUUGUUUUAAACACUGGAUUUCUUUAACGUGAUGACGAUGAGUAGGAAAUCUGUCAAGCCUUUCACUUGCAUAACACAAUUUGUUCUAUUGGGCUGGAUGUUUAUUUCACCGUCAUAUACUUUCGGGAAUUGGAUGUACCUUGGCGUGUCUUCGGUAACAGCACCAAAAGAUACUUUCUGCAGCAAUUUCCCUGGACUGGUGGACAAACAAAAGACGUUAUGUGUACAGAACCCCCAGGCGCUGCGAAGCGUAAGAGAGGGGGCCAAAAAAGCAAUUUACGAAUGUCAGGCGCAAUUUCGUAACGAAAGAUGGAAUUGCACACUUAGUUCAAAUUAUUCCAUAUUUGGACAUGUAUUAAGGAAAGGUACGAGAGAGACAGCUUUUAUAUACUCAAUUCUAAGUGCCGGUGUCGUGCAUUCUGUGACGAAAGCGUGCACGGCGGGAAAUUUAACGGCAUGCACGUGCGAUGUGAGUGUACGUGAAGGCGAACAUUCUGUGGAGGGCUGGAAAUGGGGCGGAUGCAGUGACAAUGUUAAAUACGGAAUUCAGUUUAGCCGACAAUUUGUGGACGCGGAGGAAGCGAUACGAAAUGAAAAGUCUGCCAACAUCCGCAAUAGAAUGAAUCUCCAUAACAACGAGGUGGGACGAAAGAUUGUUGCAGAACUCAUGAAGUUCAGGUGUCGUUGUCAUGGUGUUUCGGGAUCAUGCGCAGUUCAGACAUGUUGGAAAUCUCUUUCUGACUUCCGGUCCGUAGGAGACGCUAUAAAGAAGAAGUACGAAAGGCCAAUCCAAAUUGCUAGACGAUCUUUGCGAAAGUUAAAAAGAGCGGAGAAAACUAAGAGAAGAGUGCCCAUAUCUUACAUGGAACUGGUCUACGUCCACAGAUCACCAAACUACUGCAAGGCAAACAAAAAGAGAGGGAUUCUGGGAACGAAAGGACGUGAAUGUAACAAAUCGUCGUCGGGUUCAGACAGCUGUGACCUUCUGUGUUGUGGGCGUGGCUAUAAUACUCAAGUAGUGCGAUUAGUUGAACGAUGUGAAUGCAAAUUUAUCUGGUGUUGUUACGUAAAAUGCAAAACUUGCGAAACGCUCCUCGACAAGCACACGUGCAAAUGAAGCCGAAUCCCAGUAUAUUACAUGUUUUGUGAUCAAAGCAAUAUUCCACCUGAGAUAAUGUAACAGACGUCUGGCCAUAUCGCGAAUUUCCUCGAUAGAACGUUUGUUUCCAAUGAAUCAUCCAAGUGAAGGUGUCGUUACAGGCAAUCCAUAGUAUCCGAAUUUACUCGGUAGAAUUCUAAAUUCUCACAGAAAUCGCUGCCUUGUUCAAUAUUACGCCUAGAAGUAGUAUUGGUCAUCAUGAAAUAGUUGUAUAUUUACAAACCAUUGUGACUGCUUUGUGAUUUGUGAAACUUUCAACGCUAAUUACAUUGAUAUAGAUGUAUUUUGCUUGAUUGGUUCGAUUGAUGAUUAAAAUGAAAUGUUUCUCAGGAUGAACUCAUAUAUUCUACAGUGAAUAUCACAAUAUUUAUUAUUUUCACAUUUUGUAAUAUAUUGCUUCCUAUUUUCAUAUUUACAUACAUGUAAAUUACAGCGCUGUUUUAACCUACAUGUGUAAAUGACAAGCCAUUCUAAUUGUUACUUCAGCGAAAAUUACACUUUCAUUUUGCAUUGGCGUCGAAGUUUUUGAAAAUCUCCAUAUUGAUAUGUACAUUUUUUUGCUACAUCGUGUAUUUUUUGUUACAGUUUUAUCACAAUUAUACAAUCAUCUUAUUUGUAUGACAAUAAAUGUGCUUGUGAGUACAAGUAACAUUUCCCCUGUUAA